AUGAAUGCGAAUGCCAGAAUGAUUCUGUUUUUAAAUACCUUGCUUCUGAUUCUUCUCUAUCAUUUUCUUCCAAUGAUGGUAUUGCACAUGAGAAGGGAGCGUGAGAAGAGCAUAAUGAAAGCGAGGUUCAAUGCGAUGCUUUUGCAGGGAAAUGAAAGUGUUGAGAAGCUCUGGAUGCUGAAGGCCCUGAUAAACAAUAUGAAUUACUCCAAGCGUGUCUGUAUUCCUAUGGAUGGAGAUAUUGAGGAGGUAAGAGAUGCAUAUGAGAAGAUAGAGAAUGGAGGAGGCGAGGUCUUUCUGCGCCUGUGCCUGAAGUACAAUCUUUCUAUUUUCUUCCCUGUGUUUUUCCCAAUGCUUGUGCAUUUCAUAGGGAUGGUGAGACACAAGUGUUGA